GUUUUCUAUGGAUCAUCUCAUAUAUAUUUAUAUGCACGGUUUCCUUCCCAUCUUAGGUGUGAUGUGUGCCGCUUUGGAAUAAUAUUAUGGGAACUUGCAACUUUGGGGAUGCCUUGGCUUGGUAUGAACUCAAGCAGAUGGGGUGGGUGUUGUUGGCUUCCAGGAUUGCCGUGUUGAGAUUCCAAUAGAGGUUAAUUAAUCUUCUCGUGGCCAAAAUAAUCUGGCAAUGAUCCGGCCAUUCUCUCUGAGAGCUUUUUUUUUUUGUGAAUCAUCUCGUCAUCAAAAUCUAUCCGAGAGAGCGGAAGAAACCCUCAAUCCGAUGAAGCUAUUCAAGAAGCUCCACGAUCAUCAUGGCCGCUCUAGUUAGGUCCCGGUUCCUCCCUCUUCGUCUACGCCCCCUCUGCUGUCUCCUUCUUGCGCCUCUGACCACCAUGAGGUGGCUGGUGGCGCGGCAUUCCCGGCUAACCCUUCUCCGCCUUCGCCGUCCAAUGCUUCACGGCUUUCUCCUGCUGGAGACUUUAUGAUGUCUGAGGAGGAGUUCCAUGUGCAGCUGGCACUGGCGAUCUCGAACUCGGAGUUUAGGGUUGAUCCUGAUCGGGAUCAAAUCCGGGCGGUGAAGAUUCUUAGCUUGGGGAAGCAGCGGAUGGAUCUGAUUCGGGAGCAGGAUGUCUCUGCUGAUGUGCUUUCUCGUCGGUAUUGGUCAUACCCAUGCAAGGGCAAAGUUGGUGUUCCUUGCAAGUUAGUCAAAGGAAGCCAAUACACUGGGGUUGACGAUGAUGCUGUUAACAUAAUAAAAUUAGAUACCAGAAGGUGUGUGUUUAUGUUUUUCAAGUAG